ACCUUUAUUUUGCCAUAAGAAGAAGAAGUUGAACGCAGCUUCCGGUGAACUUUCCCAUGAUUCCGAGCGGUAAGAACGGCUGGAGCGCGGACAUUCAAAAAUAAUGGCACAGCACUCCGAUGUCUUACAACUAAUAACGAACUCAGACGAAAGAGAAAGUCCGUGCGUCCAGAGAGGAGACGCGGGCUCAGCGGGGAGACCCUCCGCUCCGUCUGGGAGAGACAUCCGCAUCGCGGAGGAGCCCAGUGUGGGAUGUUCGUUGCUGAGGUUAUGUGGCGAUUUCGACGACUCGCGUUCGCGCGCGCCCUCGGCGGAAGUACACGAAGAUGUCCGAACAGGAAGCGUCGGAGCGCGUUCCGAAUCAAAAAAUGCCGCUGUUGUUAAAGGCGUGCCCGUGGAGGAGCACCGAGCGAGAAAUACAGGCGAUAAGGAAAACUCGUCAGAAGUCGUUCAAGACGGAGCAGAAGAAAAGAUGUCGGGUCCGGACUCUUGUGUGACGGCCAGCAGAAACAACACCAGCCUUGAAGAGCAAGAUGCCGAAGUGGUGAGAAAAGCUCGGGAAGAAGGCCGCGUGGACGUGGUCUUCCCCGGCGCCGUCACCCAGGACGGCUGCUACCGUUUCGUCAGCGAGAUCCUCAAGUGCGUCCUCUAUCAGCGACAGCAGCUGCCCAUGACGUAUGAGCAGCUGGUUUAUUCCCAGAGGCAGCAGCAGGCGGCAGCGCAGGAACGAGAGGCGCCGACUCCGAGGCCGUCGCAGUCUGCAGAUAUGGACCAGCGCAAACGUCGGCAGACCCUUCAGGAGCUGGAGGAGGUGCUGCAGCAGCUGGAGGCGCUGUUCUCGUUGAGCAGAGUGCCCCGCGUGUUACUGUCGAUGGGCGGCUCCGUGGUUCUCCCCAAAGAGCUGUACGAGAUCAACAUGGAGGCCCUGGCCCUUGCCGCCGGCGCGCAGUCCCUCCCCACGUCCUCCUGCUUGAAGCAGCUCUUCCGCACCCUCUUCGUCGCCGACCUGUUGUCCGACACCAGGCCCGUCCGCCUCAUGCCCACCACCGUGCUGGCGCUGGCUCACAGGGAGUGCGGCGUGGGCUGGUUCCGACCCAAGCUGCAGUUCAGAGUCCCGGCGCGAGUGAAACACCAAAUGAUCGCUCUGUCCACGGAUCCCGGCGCCUGUGAGGGCCGCGCAGCAGAUGAGCCCGACUGGCAGGAUUACGUGUGGUUUCAGGCGCCCUUCGCCAUAAAGGGCUACUGCAUUUGACCCAAACAGCUCAAACGUCUGCGUGUGGGAUAAAGUCGAUUGUUUUCUUCUUCUUUUUUAAGCGUGCGAUGAAAUAUUGAACAGUAAUUUAGAAUUAGGCUGUAUAUAUUUUAGAGUCUUUAAUGUUAAAUGUAUAUUUUCUCGAGACAUGGUGAGUUUUGAGAGCACAUGUACUAUUGUUUAUAUUUAUAAAGGCCCUGCCUUUCAUACACAUCAUCAAUGGCGACACACUCGACUCGUUAGUGCAAUAUACUUGAAAGGUUUACUUGAAAAAGGUUUAAUGAAUGACAUUCUGGGGGAAAUAUGAAUCAUCUGCUCAUGGUUACAUAUACUAAAACAUUCGCAUUUUUUAUCAUAACUAGCAAGAUGGUGAAUUGAAAUAAUCAGUGUUGAUCUGUAACGGUGGUGUGGGAAUUGUUAAUUGAAAUAAAACAAUAACUGUUGUGGUCAGAAUGCAUUCAGCGGAUUACAGCUCUUC